CGGCCAGCAGGAUGUCCCCGAGGGCUUGGGAGGCGCUGGUGGCGCUGGCCGCCGUGGCGUGCCUGGCGGAGGGCGUGCGCGGCGGCGGCGGCGGCGGCGGCUACGGCCUGAGCAUGUUCGCCGUGCAGACGGCCCCGCAGCCGGACCCCUGCUACGACGAGAACGGGCAGCCGCGGCGCUGCAUCCCGGACUUCGUCAACGCCGCCUUCGGCAAGGAGGUGAAGGUGUCGAGCACGUGCGGCCGCCCCCAGGCGCGCUACUGCGUGCUGGCCGAGAAGGGCGAGGAGCGCAGCCGCACGUGCCACCUGUGCGACGCGGCCGACCCGAAGCGCGCGCACCCGGCCUCCUACCUGACGGACCUCAACAACCCGCACAACCUGACGUGCUGGCAGUCGGAGAGCUUCGUGCAGCACCCGCUCAACGUGACGCUGACGCUGGCGCUGGGCAAGAAGUUCGAGGUGACCUACGUGAGCCUGCAGUUCUGCUCGCCGCGCCCAGAGUCCAUGGCCAUCGCCAAGUCCAUGGACGGCGGCAAGACGUGGGUGCCCUUCCAGUUCUACUCCACGCAGUGCCGCAAGAUGUACAACAAGCCCAGCCGCGCCGCCAUCACCAAGCAGAACGAGCAGGAGGCCAUCUGCACCGACUCGCACACCGACAUGCGGCCCCUGGCCGGCGGCCUCAUCGCCUUCAGCACCCUCGACGGGCGGCCCUCGGCCCACGACUUCGACAACUCGCCCGUGCUGCAGGACUGGGUCACGGCCACCGACAUCAAGGUGGCCUUCAGCCGCCUCCACACCUUCGGCGACGAGAACGAGGACGACUCCGAGCUGGCCCGCGACUCCUACUACUACGCCGUCUCCGACCUGCAGGUGGGCGGCCGCUGCAAGUGCAACGGGCACGCCUCGCGCUGCGUCCGCGACCGCGACGACAGCCUGGUCUGCGACUGCAAGCACAACACCGCCGGGCCCGAGUGCGACCGCUGCAAGCCCUUCCACUACGACCGGCCCUGGCAGAGGGCCACCGCCCGCGAGGCCAACGAGUGCGUCGCUUGUAACUGCAACCUGCAUGCCAGAAGGUGUCGUUUUAAUAUGGAACUCUACAAAUUAUCUGGCCGCAAGAGUGGAGGUGUCUGCCUUAAUUGCAGACACAACACAGCAGGUCGUCACUGUCACUACUGUAAGGAAGGCUACUAUCGGGACAUGACCAAACCAAUCACCCACAGGAAAGCAUGCAAAGCAUGUGAUUGCCAUCCCGUGGGUGCAGCUGGAAAAACCUGUAAUCAAACCACAGGGCAAUGUCCCUGCAAAGAUGGCGUGACAGGCAUCACUUGCAACCGAUGUGCCAAAGGUUACCAGCAAAGCAGAUCUCCCAUUGCCCCCUGCAUAAAGAUUCCUGUUAUUCCUCCCACAACUGUGGCCAGCAGCACAGAAGAACCUGCAGACUGUGAUUCGUAUUGCAAGGCAUCCAAAGGGAAGCUGAAGAUCAACAUGAAGAAGUAUUGCAAGAAAGACUAUGCUGUCCAGAUUCACAUUCUGAAAGCAGACAAGGCUGGAGAAUGGUGGAAGUUCACAGUCAACAUCAUCUCUGUGUACAAGCAAGGGACAAACCGGAUACGGCGUGGUGACCAGAUCCUCUGGAUUCGCUCCAAGGACAUAGCCUGCAAGUGCCCCAAAAUCAAGCCCAUGAAGAAAUACUUGCUACUGGGCCAUGACGAGGACUCUCCUGACCAGAAUGGCAUCGUAGCAGACAAAAGCAGCCUUGUGAUACAGUGGAGGGACACAUGGGCUAGGCGGCUGAGGAAGUUCCAACAACGGGAAAAGAAGGGGAAGUGCAAGAAAGCCUAGAGGGAGAACUGGAGAUGGGAAGAAAGACUGCACACACUGUUUGGUGUAGGACUACUUGGAGCAGAUGGGACGGGAUUAGGGACACUGGCAAGAAAUUCACUCUGCAGUUUACGUGCAACAGGGUUGGGGAGGGCAAAGAAGGGAUUAAAAACUUCUGAGAGACAUGCCAAUAUUUCACCUCAUAAUACAGAAAAACGACAAAAAAUAGUGAGUGACGUUUAGAGAAGGAGGGCCAUGUGAGGCCCUACUCACCAUAGUAACAAAUGUUAGGUCAGUUACUACUUCCCAUCAUCCCCUUUUAUUUUCUGCCUCCCCCCCACCUAUGAUCAGAAGAGUGACCAACUGCCUUAAGUCUGCUAACAUCAAAGUCGAAACACAAGAAUCCAACCUAUCACUGAAACCUGCAAUUAUAAAAACACAAUGACGUUGGCCAGAAAUUGCCCUCUGAAUAUAUCCCCACCCACAAGGAAAUUAAAUCAGGUUGUUUUUGAUAGGGACAAUUGGAGGGUAGGGAUGUUGGCUUGAAAGAGAUAGGUGCGGGUGUAGCUGCAUGGUCAAUGAAUAGCCAGCUCUUCCAUUAUCUAUCAUGCAGCAUCUUAUUGACUGGGUCAGGUUUUCAAAAGAAGCCCAUGAAAGGCUGCUUAGCUGUAAGCUAUGGCAUGCCACUUACACUGGGAAGUCACUGGAGGGUGACAAAGGUGUGUACGUUCCUGGAAAUACAGCCCCAAUUAUUGCCUGAUUCUAGGGAAGACAGCUGAGAUCUGUGAAGGAGAAGGGCGUAUUUUUGGAGCAGUUGAAAUAAUGGAUAUUUACUUGCUAGGAGUGACUGGAAACAUGGACCACCACCACCCAACUAGUGGGUGACCUAAAGGAGGAGACAAAUAUAAAUUACUAGUUCUCUUUGGGAAAACUCCUUGCAAAUGCUGCAUUUGUGAAUAUGGCCCUUCCCCAAAACCACUGGACUUCUUUUCUUUUCUGCAUUCGCCAGGGCGUGAAAUAAAUGCUUCCUAUAAGUACUGCAAAGUUAAGUGGAAAUAGCUACUCUUCAAACAGCAAAUAGACCUUUUAUACAAGUAUUACAAUGGAGAGAUCCCAUAUCAGCUUUUCUCCUGAGAUGACACCCCACUUAGUCCAUGACCCACACCUUGGAGAGAGAGACAUCAAGUGAA